AUGGCGAGCGGGCCAUCGCCGGCGAGGGGAGGCGCGAGGCGAUGUGUUGGCCGCCGACGUGAGGCGGUGGACCUCCUCUACGCCAGCGUGUGCCUCCCGGUGGUUCCCAGGGACCUCGACCUGCGCGACCGCUCCGUUUUCCGCGGCAUGGACCUGGCCUCCGCGCGCAGCCUCAACGGCGUGCGCGUCGCCGACGAGCUGCUGCGUCUCGUCCCGGACGCCGGCGCCUUCCGUACGACGCUGCGAUGCAUCAAGCACUGGGCCAAGGCGCGUGGCAUCUACUCCAACGUGAUGGGGUUCCUGGGCGGCGUGGGCUGGGCGAUCCUGGUGGCGCGCGUGUGCCAGCUCUACCCCAACGCCGCGCCGAGCAUGCUGGUGCCGCGCUUCUUCAAGAUCUUGGCGCAGUGGAAGUGGCCCAACCCGGUGCUGCUGCGGGACAUCGAGCACGACGGCGGCGGCGAGCUCGCGCUCCGGCUGCCCGUCUGGGACCCGCGCGACAAGAGCCACCUCAUGCCCGUCAUCACGCCCGCCUACCCAUGCAUGAACUCGUGCUACAACGUCUCGCACGCCACCCUGCGGACCAUCACGGAGCAGCUCCAGAUCGGCAACGGCGUCUGCCAGGAGAUCCUCAAGGGAAAGGCAAAGGCCGGCGGGUGGGACGCGCUGUUCCAGCCGUUCCAGUUCUUCAAGGCGUACAACAGCUACCUGCAGGUGGACGUGAAGGUCGCCCGAGGGGAGGCCGGCCUCCGGGAGUGGAAGGGGUGGGUGGAGUCGCGGCUGAGGCAGCUGGUGAACAGGGUCGAGAUGGCCACGGCCGGCAUGCUGCUCUGCCAUCCCAACCCGAAAGCCUACGCGGCCAAGCCCCAUGAUCUGCACUGCACGUCAACCUUCUUCGUGGGCUUGUCCAAGCCGCAGCAGCAGCAGCAGCAGCCCCAGGUGCCGUUCGACCUACGCGCGACCACGGAGGGGUUCAAGCAGGAGGUGUACACGUACGAGUUCUGGAGGCCCGGGAUGGAGCUGGAGGUCUCGCACACCCGGAGGAAGGACCUGCCGUCCUACAUGCUCGAUCAGAUCCUCCCGGCUGGGCAUCUCAAGAGGAGGCGCGCCGCCGAGAGCAACUCUUCUCCUCCGUUGGCGUCUGCUUCCGGCGACGUCAAGAAGGUGGCGCCGGCAGGCGGAACCGGAUCGUCGCCUGAGAGGAAGAGGCAAUGCUGUCCCAGCAAUAUCCUCCCCAGCGCUUCAGUACUGGGCGUUGUGUGA